GUCUCCUGCUCGGUUCGGGCUCUGCCUCUCCCCCCCGAUCCCCUCCUCCUUCCUCUUCCUCCCCCCCGGACGCCAGCGGGCAGCGAUGUUUGACCCACGCCGCUGUCCCGCCGUCCCCGACCCUCCCAUGCCCCGCUCCGGAUCGCCCUGCGGAAGGCUGGGGCGCUUCUGAACCAGAUGGAGUUUUUAUUCCGGGGGCCAACAUGCGAAAGAUGAACUACCUGCGCCUUUGCUUUCUACUUUGGGACCUCCUGGAUGCGGUGCUGGGCUACCUGACUGUCAGCAUUGAGCCGCUUCCGCCUGUGGUGGUCGGGGAUGCCGUGACUUUGAAAUGUAACUUCAAGACGGAUGGCAGGAUGCGGGAGAUAGUCUGGUACCGGGUAACAGAUGGUGGUACCAUCAAACAGAAGAUCUUCACCUUUGAUGCCAUGUUCUCCACCAACUACUCGCACAUGGAGAAUUAUCGCAAGAGAGAGGACUUGGUGUACCAGUCAACAGUGCGUCUUCCGGAGGUUCGGAUCUCAGACAACGGCCCGUACGAGUGUCAUGUGGGCAUUUACGACAGAGCUACCCGGGAGAAGGUGGUCCUGGCAUCUGGCAACAUAUUCCUCAACGUGAUGUCUCCUCCCAUCUCUAUCUCAGUCAUUGCUGCGGACACGCCCGCCCCCUUCAGCCGCUACCAAGCGCAGAACUUCACCUUGGUCUGCAUAGUCUCUGGAGGGAAGCCUGCCCCGACGGUGUAUUUUAAGAGAGACGGGGAGCUCAUAGAGGUGGUGCCCCUCCUGGAGCCUCCAUCCGGCGCCGCCGGGUUACAGGACAGCCGAGCCGCUCGGAACCUGCUGAACCGCGACCUGGAUGACACCAAGAUGCAGAAGUCCCUCUCUCUGCUGGACGUGGAGGACCGGGGUGGGCGGCCCUACACGGAGGACCCCCUCAAGAGCCUCACCCCUGACCCGGGACUUCUGUUCAGCCCGGCCACCGAGAUCAUCCCAGAGACUGUGGUGAGCCGGGAGUUCCCGAGGUGGGUCCACGACAUGGAGCCCGUCUACUACUUCCACCACACGCACAUCCCGCUCAGCGACGGCACCGUGGAGGUACGGGCCAUGCUCAUGUGGACACUUAACCCGCAGAUAGACAAUGAGGCUCUCUUCAGCUGUGAGGUCAAGCACCCCGCCCUCUCCAUGCCCAUGCAGGCCGAGGUCACGCUAGUUGCUCCCAAGGGCCCCAAAAUCAUGAUGACCCCAACGAGAGCCCGAGUUGGAGACACAGUUCGGAUCUUGGUGCAUGGCUUUCAGAACGAAGUCUUCCCCGAGCCCUUGUUCACCUGGACCCGUGUUGGGAGCAGGCUCCUGGAUGGCAGCGCUGAGCAUGAUGGGAAGGAGUUGAUCCUGGAAAGAGUGCCAGCUGAGUUAAACGGCUCCAUGUACCGCUGCACUGCUCAGAACCCACUGGGGUCCACAGACACCCACACCAGGCUUAUAGUGUUUGAAAACCCAAAUAUUCCAAGAGGAACAGAGGACUCAAAUGGUUCAGUGACCAGCCACAACGGCUUCAGACUAAUUUUGAUGCUCACCCUAACAGUGAUCCUGGAGCUGACGUGAAGGCUUGCCUCUUCCUCCUCCUCCUCCCUUGAACAGCUCCACCCAGCAUUUACAUCUCCGUCAAUUGGUUUUCUUUUCUUUUUUUUUUCUUUUCUUUUUCUAAACUAUUUACAGUCUUGUUCUCGGUCUCUUUCUGUCUGUGUCUUGGCUUCCUCAGUCGAUUUAAUUAAAAUGAAAAA